AUGACGGAGGAGGUAUGGAUGGGCACCUGGAGGCCCCAUCGCCCCCGGGGACCCAUCAUGGCCCUCUACAGCAGCCCUGGACCCAAGUACCUGAUUCCACCAACAACCGGCUUCAUGAAGCACACGCCCACCAAGCUCCGUGCGCCGGCCUACAGCUUCCGCGGGGCCCCCAUGCUCCUGGCAGAGAACUGCUCCCCAGGACCCCGUUAUAAUGUAAACCCCAAGAUACUGAGGACUGGCAAGGACCUUGGCCCUGCCUACUCCAUCCUGGGGCGCUACCACAGCAAGACUAUGCUGACCCCCGGCCCAGGUGACUACUUUCCAGAGAAAUCCACCAAGUACGUGUUCGACUCAGCGCCCAGCCACUCCAUCUCCGCCCGAACAAAGACGUUCCGAGUGGACAGCACCCCAGGCCCCGCUGCGUACAUGCUGCCCAUGGUGAUGGGGCCCAACACCGUCGGCAAGGUCUCCCAGCCCUCCUUUUCCAUCAAGGGCCGCAGCAAGCUGGGCAGCUUCAGUGACGACCUACACAAGACCCCAGGUCCCGCAGCCUACCACCAGACUGACGUGCAGGUGACCAAGUUCAAGGCUCCGCAGUACACCAUGGCUGCUCGUGUAGAGCCCCCAGGGGACAAGACCCUCAAGCCAGGACCAGGCGCCCACAGCCCUGAGAAGGUGACCCUGACCAAGCCCUGCGCCCCAGCUGUCACCUUUGGCAUCAAACACUCUGAUUACAUGAUUCCCCUGGUGGUUGAUGUGGAAUAG